UUUCACUUAAAAAUAAAAUGCUACACCCAUAGAAGGUGAACUGAAAUGGAGUCGCUAACAUCAUCAGCCCUUUCGAAUUGGGUGGUUCCCAGUUCAUCUCAACCUUUCCCAAGAUCUUCAUACUGCUUUUUCCGAACACCGUUUAAUCGUAAAAACAUCGAAUUCCCUUUUCUUCUCCUUAAAACCACAAAUCUUUAUCCACUUAGAUUUUCCUCAGUAAAUUCCAGAGCUACCCUUGAUGAGAAGAACCAAAAUUCGACUACCCCAGUUCUUGUUCAAGAAGAAGAAGAACAAAAACUACCCAAUAAGGAAGUUGAAGAGAGUGUGAAAUUGCUUAAGAAUGCAGCCAAGACGAGAAAAGUUCCAGCAGAGGAAAUUCUGUCUGCUUUUUCUGUGAUUGAGAAGGCAAAACUUGAUCCGUCGGGAUUUUUUGAAACUCUUGGAGGAUCCCACUCACCUGGAAGAACUUGGAUGCUUAUAUUUACCGCUAAGAAACGAUUGGAAGGCGGUAGAUAUUUCCCAAUUACUGCCGUUCAAAGGUUUGAUGCUGCAGUGAAGAGAAUUGAAAAUGGAGUUUACUUGGGCCCUCUAGGAUCUUUGACCUUUGAAGGGAGGCUUUCAUGGAAAAAUAGAAUACUUGCAUUCAUAUUUGAGCAGAUUCGGGUAAAAAUUGGUCCUUUUAACCCAUUUGAGAUUAGUAUCAAAGGAAAAGAUGAACGAGAGCCAAGCAACAAAGACCCAUUUUUCGUCUGGUUUUAUGUUGAUGAGGAGAUGGCUAUUGCUCGGGGCAAAAGUGGAGGGACUGCUUUUUGGGUCCGCUGUCAACGAGUCACCAGAUUUUAAUUCAUUGUCCUCUUGGUUUACACUUCUAUACGUAUGCCUAUACAGAUAAACUUGCUACAAUACAUAAUUUAUUCGGUAAAUGUAUGACUUCAAUCCAACUGAGAUGUAUAAAUAUGUAAAAGGAUCACACUUGUCAAUUUUACUCCUUUAUUCUUUUGUCAUUUGCUUA